AUGGAAAUUAUUCAGAGACUGCAAUACUUACCAACAACAUCUUCAGUGGUACCUGUAUCAUCAUCACAGAAAGUAUCUCUAGGAGUGACUGAUGCAGAAUUAGAUACAGUAACAGAAAAUGCAGCAGAAGUACCUAAAGAAGCAAUACUAACAGAAGUAGAAUCAACAGCAGCGUCAGAAGAACCACGUUCAGUAACAGCAGAAGUAACUCCUCCAGCAUUAGAACGAGCUCCUACAGCAGUAACACCAUCUCCCUCACCUGCAGUAACAGCACAAACUACUUCACCAGAAAUAGCAGAAGAAACACCAUCAGCAACAGCAGAAGCAACUCCUCCAGCAGUAGAACUAGUUCCUACAGCAGCAGCACCAUCUCCCACACCAGCAGUAGUAGAACCAACUCCUUUACCAGUAAUAGCAGAAACAACUCCUCCACCAACAGCAGAAACAGUACAAGCUCCUCCUCCAUCACCUUCAAGAGUAGCAGAAAAGAAUAGACCAGUCACAGUAAGUAAAGUAUCAUCUUUGUCUCAUGAUGAAGUGAUACCAAAUGAUUUGGGAAAACAUGUUCCUAUAAAACUUGUGGACAGUAAAGUGAAACAAACUUCCAACCGUGUUUCAAACAGACCCAAAAAAUUACCUAAGAGAAAUGAAGAUUUUUUAUGGUUUAUCCCAAGGAAGUCCAACCGCCACCUAACGUAG